CUGGAACAGAAAUGUUGCCUACAACUUCACCGGCGCAUGUUGACCGAUUUACAUUUUAAAUGUUACUACACGUGUUCAUUUUCAAGUCCCGGACUCUGUCUCUUCGUUCGCUGACCAACACCUUCGGUUAUGGAACAGCAGUUCAGCGAUGAUGAUUCACCAGUAGUCCAUCGAGAAGACACCAAGAGAAGAAGGCGGAAAAUGAAGGCAUUCACCUCCAACGCGGCCAUCGCAGUGGACCAGAUUGCCGUGGAGUUUGUGCUCCCCACAACCAACAAGACCAGCAAAAGCCCAGACACGUUGCACUUGGAGGUAGCAGGGAACUGCACCGUGGAACAGGUGAAAGCGCAGGUGUGGCUCCGAGCCGUGGCCAGUCACUUGUGUCCAGAAUUUUACCAAAAGUACUCCCCGGAUCACUGCAUCCUGCUCUACCAAAAGAAAGGGAACUGGUGCGAGAUUUACGACAAACACCAGGUGUUCCAGACCUUGGACUGCAUCCGUUACUGGAAGGCACUGAAAAAAGACAGUGGGAAGAUACAUCUCGCCAAGAGGCCCCUGCCGUCCGAGGACUCCGUUCAGUAUCAGAAGUACUUGAACUACCUGAUAGGAUACGAUGUCACCGAUGUGAGCAAUGUUCAUGACGACGAGCUUGAAUUCACUCGUAGGAAACUACUCACGCCUCGCAAAAUUGAGUUGUCUGACAGGGACGCGAAACUCUACUCCAUGGAUCCCUGGGUGACCACAAAACCUCUCCCCGAAUACCUGAUGGGUAAGAUCAGCAAUAAUAACAUGCUGGUGGUCAUACACAGAAACUCAUCCAGCCAGACAAUCAAGGUGUCCAUCGAUGACACACCUGUCCAGGUGCUGCAGAGCUUUUUCAUCAAAGUUGCCAAAAAGAGAUCACUCUUUGACAUUCCAGAAGACGUGAGCGAGGCCGAUUACGUGCUCAGGGUUUGCGGGCGGGAGGAGUACAUUUUUGGGAAUUACCCCAUCAAGGACUUCCACUGGGUGAGGCAGUGCCUCAAGAAUGGAGACGAAAUCCAUUUGGUGCUGGAGGCCCCCCCAGACCUGGAGUCGGACGAGGUCCAGAAGGAGGACUGGCUGCAGGUGGACGACUGCACGGGGGUGGCCGGAACCCACGAGCAGCUCACCAUCGACGAGAGGGACCACGAGAAGGUCUUCACCAUCUCGCUGUGGGACUGCAACCGCAAAUUCCGCGUCAAGGUGCUUGGAAUCGACAUUCCCGUGCUGCCGCGCAACUCUGAGCUGAUAGUGUUUGUGGAGGCCAGCAUUUUCCAUGGCCAGCAGCUCCUGGCUCAGGAGAGGACCACCCCCAAGCCCUUCACGGAGGAAGUGCUGUGGAACAUGUGGCUGGAGUUCAACAUCAAAAUAAAGGACUUACCCAAAGGGACACGGCUCAACCUGCAGGUGCUGUGCGGCAAGGCCCAGACCCAGUCGGCCAAGUCGUCUUCCGGCCAGGACAACGGCGGUCAUGACGGCAGGGGCAAGAGCCGCCUUCUAUACUACGUCAACCUCCUGCUCAUCGACCACCGCUCGCUGCUCCGGCAGGGCGAGUUCAUCCUGCACAUGUGGAAGAUGCCGGACAAAAGCGAGGACAACAGCAGCGUCAACGCAGACAAGCUCACGUCCGCCACCAACCCGGACAAGACCAGCUCCAUGGCCGUCGCCAUACUGCUGGACAAGUACUGCUACCCCGUGGCCCUGCCCAAGUGCAGGGAGUCCCGGGACGCUGAGAUGGACGGGGAGCGAGGCCAGAGGGACAUGCCCAACCACCUGAGGAAGCAGUUUGAGCAGAUCGUAGCCACCGACCCCUUACACCCUCUGAGUCCUGAGGACAAGGAGCUGCUGUGGCACUUCAGGCAGGAGUGCAUGAGGCACCCCAAGGCCUACCCAAAGUUCCUGGGCUCUGUGAAGUGGGGCAAGCAGGAGGCCGUGAUGAUGACCCACCAGCUUCUGGAGAGGACCACCACGUGGGACAGGAGCUCUCUGGACGUAGGGCUGGCCAUGCAGCUGCUGGACUGCCAUUUCUCGGACGCCAACGUGCGCUCCAUGGCCGUGAGGAAACUGGAGACGUUGGAUGAAGAUGUGGUGCUGCGAUACCUGCUGCAGUUGGUUCAGGCUGUGAAGUUUGAGCCCUACCAUGACAGCGCUCUUGCAAGAUUCUUGUUAAAAAGGGCUCUCAGGAGUAAAAGGAUUGGCCAUUUCCUGUUUUGGUUUCUGCGAAGCGAGAUCGCCCAGUCCAUGCACUACCAGCAGCGCUACGCGGUCAUCCUGGAGGCCUACCUGCGGGGCUGCGGCGACGCCAUGCUGCAGGACUUCAAGAAGCAGGUGGAGAUCACCGAGGCCCUGCAGAAGGUCACCCGCGAGAUCAAGGUCGUCUCGGCAGACAAAUACGACGUAUCCGCUCAGGUUGUUUUUCAGUUGAGACAGAAGCUGGAGGGUUUGCAAGUAUCCGGUCUACCAGAAAGCUUCAAAGUGCCAUAUGACCCGGGCCUUCGAGCGGGAGGCCUUGUGAUUGAACAGUGCAAGGUCAUGGCGUCCAAGAAGAAACCCCUGUGGCUGCAGUUCAAGCGGGCUGACCCCACCACCUUGUCCAGCGACACCAUUGGAAUCAUCUUCAAGGAUGGGGACGACCUUCGUCAAGACAUGCUCAUCUUACAGAUCCUGUUGAUAAUGGAGUCUAUUUGGGAGGGAGAAUCGCUGGAUCUGUCUUUACUGCCAUAUGGCUGCAUUUCCACUGGAAAUAAAAUAGGCAUGAUUGAGAUUGUGAAGGAUGCCAGAACCAUUGCCAACAUACAGCAGAGUAUAGUUGGGAACACGGGGGCCUUCAAGGAUGAGAUCCUGAACCAGUGGCUCAAGGACAAGUCCGUGAGUGACGACAAGUUUCAACAAACUGUGGAACGGUUUGUCUACUCCUGUGCAGGCUACUGUGUGGCGACGUAUGUCCUCGGGAUCGGAGAUCGCCAUAAUGAUAACAUUAUGAUUACAGAGUCAGGGAAUCUGUUCCACAUUGACUUUGGCCACAUUCUGGGCAACUACAAGAGUUUCAUGGGGAUCAGUAAGGAGAGGGUCCCCUUUGUACUGACACCUGACUUCCUUUAUGUCAUGGGCACAACAGGAAAGAAAAGCAGCCCACAUUUCCAGAAAUUUCAGGACACGUGUGUGAAAGCCUACUCGGCUCUGAGGCACCACACCAACCUGUUGAUCAUCCUCUUCUCCAUGAUGCUCAUGACGGGAAUGCCUCAGCUGACCAGCAAGGAGGACAUCGAGUACAUCCGCGAGGCCCUGACCGUGGGCCGCUCGGAGGAAGAGGCCCAGCGUCACUUCCUGGAUCAGAUCGAGAUCUGCCGAGAUAAAGGAUGGACUGUUCAGUUCAACUGGUUCUUGCACUUGGUGCUCGGAAUUAAGCAAGGGGUGGAGAAGCGUUCUGUCUGAUUUUUUUUCCGCUCUUUUCUGCUAUGUGAAUCUUCUUUUGGGGAUACAGCAUUUCACAACAUGCUUCCAUGCUCUGAAAAGUAAAAACAAUUCAUGUUAGUUUUCUAGUGGAUAAUAUGUUUCAAAACCAAAAGGGAUGAAUCUCAGGGUGUUUUUCAACAUGAACAGUGUUUAGUGUGCACCAAAACAGUUGGUUUGAAUCAAGCUCUUAAUCUCUGUGUUCUUCUUUGUGACAGCGUUAACCAAACUGGAGUGUGCGCGCAGUGUCCUCUCCAAAACGAGCAAUGGAUUCUGGGCCAAGAAAUGUUUUGAAAUUCAUUGUGUGUAGCCAAGGUUGAGGAGGAAGACAGGAUGACAACCUGGCCAAUAUCUGGUUAGAUGGAAAGUGGUGUACAUUGCAGUUGUAUGCUAGCCUACUGUACAGUAGAUCAUACACAUGCGACUGCCUGGUGUGGACCAAUUAAUUACCUUGUGUGAUAGAAAGCACCUUCCGUAGACAACCUUGAAGUUGAAGAUGAAUGUGUAAGCCUACUGUAGAAGAUGACAGAAGCACUGUAAAGUCUGUGGUCUGUUCCAAUGUCUCCACUGUGUGUGUACUGAGGUUGAGCGCACUUUCCACCCUCAGAGUAAGGGCAAAAUUUGAGGGUAAAGUGUCGGUCCAAAUCAUGUUCUGUCUAAUACACUUAACAGAAAUGACAGUUGCCAUGUGUCAUCAGAGUUUACCAACUGCCAAAAUACAAUUCAUUGUUGGAAACCACUGUUGGUUAUGUUGAUUUUUUUUUGGUUAACCCUGUCUCUUAUAUAGCCCGAUUGUCAUCGACUUUCAAAUCUCUGUUCGAGACUUGGUCUGACCUCAUGCAUAACGAUUAACGUUUCCCAAACAACAUGGUUGACCCGCCUUCCUCGGUUUGGUUCUUGUCGAUGCCAGAAGAAGCUGUGUUGAAGUUUAAACCAAACAUUUUCUUAGUCCCAAUAGAGCGGCUCUGCUUAAACCACGUCACUGCCUUGAAUACGCCUAUACUCAAAUCAAAUCAAAACUAUGCUGUUAUUAACGUUCAAUCAGCAGUUUCACAGAUCUGACAUUCAACUGAUGUAACAAACAAGACAGCCGGUGAGUACGAAAACUGUACAGUAACAACAAACUUCAAAAAAUGGCCGUUUUCUGGGCGUUAUCCGGGCACUUACAGUACACUUCAUCUCGCUGUGACUGGAAAUGGAACGCCCUACGUACCCAAACAGUGCAGAACCGGCGCUAUGUACGGACAUUGAACAGACACCUGGUCUUGAUACCAUACAGUAGCCUACCUGGCAUCAUAAGUCUACUGUGGCCUACUACUUGAAAUUGUAGGCCUAAGCAGAAGGUUACAGAGGCUAGGCCAAGGCGGGCUGACUUCUACAUCAAAUUUCAACAUUACACUGUUACCACAGCCUCCAUUAAAAUAUCUCCAGUAAAUUAAAGUUCUCAUGAGGGUUGACAAGCCGGUGACAGGAAGGCUAUAUUUAUUCCAUGGGUAGGGUUGCUAACCGUCCCUUGAAAUACAGAAUCGGCCCGUAUUUAUAAGCAAAAGUACGGUUCCGUAUUGAGCUGAACCGGGACGCAAUUUGGUUAAAAU